AUGGAGAGGGUACAAUAUCAGCUGGAACGCUCCGUUCCGCAGCUCCAGCUGCUCGACGAAAACAAUGUAUUCACCAAAGAACAGCUUCGUUCCAUCACCACACAACGACAAACCUUCGAGGGUCGCCUUCUAAGAAGGGGACCCGACAAGCAGGACUUCCUUCGCUAUGCUGACUUCGAACGAAACUUAGCAGAUCUCAUCAACGUUAAGGCGAACCGCAUCGGCCUUCCUCGUUCCUUCCACCGCGACAAUGCUGCCAUUCACACCGGCCACAUCAUCGCCAUUUACGAGCGUCUCGUGCUCAAGUUCAAGUAUGAUGUUGAUGCCUGGCAACAGUACAUUGCCUUUGCCAAAAGCAGAAAAAUGCCUGUCGUCACUGGCAGAGUUUACGCCCGCGCGCUCUCCCUACACCCCAACAACGUGUCCCUCUGGCUUGCGGCAGCUGCACACGAGCUCAACGACAAUGCUUCCACUACAGCAGCCCGUUCGCUUUUACAAAGGGCUCUUCGUCUCAACCGUCUGCCAUGGAAAAGUACUCCUUCCCACAGCGUCGCCUCCACCUCUAACACCAACAAGCGCACAAGCAAUGGCGAUCUCUCUGACUCGAACAAGCGCCCUCGUCACGACAGCCCUUCGACAACCUCUAACUCUGACGCCCACUCGUCCAGCCAAAGCGCGACCUCCGGACCUGCCGCCCUCAAGCUAUCCUCACGUGAAACAGAUCUUCUUCGUCUAUGGGUAGAGUACAUACGCAUGGAGCUCGUCUUCAUCGAACGUCUUCGCAGAAGGUGGCUUGUCCUCGGUCUCGAAUGGGACGACGAUCAAGCCACCAACGACGGCAAUCUCGGCACUUCCAACAACACUGCAGAGGCACAGCAGGCAGCGGUUGACCUCGAUGCAGCCAAAUCUGGCAUUGGCAUUGGCAUUGGCGUUGCGACGGACCACGAAGACGAUGAUGACCUGGAGCGUAUCCUACUUAGCCAGGUGCCGGAGAAAGACGACGAUGCCAGAGCUGAAGUCGUCGAAGCAACCAACACUGCCAAGCCAAAUACGUUUACAUCUCGUAAAAUGACCACCGUUCCGCCAACACAGAUCGCCGUCCUGCGAGGUAACAUUCCACUCUACCUUGUUGGCAGCGCUCUCGAAUCUUUGGCUCCACAUCUUCACUUUGUCUUUCUCUUGGCUCUUAUCGAGUUGCUCCAGACCUUCCCAUUUGCAGAACCUGUCAGUAUCGACGCUCGCAAAAGCGGUCAAGCUCUUCGCCGUCGUCUCCUUGAUGGAGUCUACCAACAUCUGUCUGAUCGCCAGCGUUGGGGAUGGGACUACUAUGCCCCAGCAGCUCUUGCAGCCUCCUUGCGAGCUUUCCGCCCAGAGACUCCCUUCUACGCUGACAAGUCAGAUCGCACGGCAGCCGAAGUCGCCAACGCUGAAGAAAUGGACUCACAUCGCCUUCUCACAUCAGCUAGUCACCUUCGAACCUCAUUCUCCCAUGAGACCGAUGGCUUGCUCGAGCUUGCAUCGCAGCUAAGAAGCACCUCGUCUUCGAGGGGGCAGAAAUCCUCUGUCUCAUCUUCAUCUUCGCCAGCAGUCCAUCUCGUUCUCCAGCUCUUGCAGUCGCUGCUGACAGAGACAAUCAAGAGCGGUAAGACAAGGGUCACCUCUGCCUACCAGAUCCUGGCGCAGUCUGGCGUUUUGCCGGCUGCCGUCAGCGAUGCUGUGACCAAGCUGCGUGCGCUUUGCCUCGAAGCUCCCAUCAACGUAACAAAACGCGCCGCACGAAGCGCAAAGGCAGAGUUCUAUACGACCACGACGCUUCUCAUCGAGAUGCUCAGCGAAGAUCAGCGCUCCGGCAUCGACGAGCCCAAUCUCCUGCGCUACCUCGACUCUGUGCAGACACAGUUGAUCAAGGAGGCUCAAGCUGCCGGUCCACACGUCGAGACAGCCCAAAUGCGUGCUGUCGUGCUGCGUAAGAAGGUUGAUGCUGCCAUCUCGUUCGACGACAAAAAGGAGCAAACUAAGAAGCUCACCAGACUCAGAGAUCAGCUCAACGAUGCUACAAGUAGUGCUCACUUCUCAACAAGCGAUGAGCUGUGGAGUCUGCGCAUCCUUGUUAUCUCUCAUAUUGCAAAGACAUCCGACAAGUCACUCGAACAGAGCCGGGAUACGAUUGCGGCAGAAUGGCAUAGAGGAUUGCAAGCUUGUUCCGAAGGUGAUGAUGCCGUAGCAUCGACCUCGUCAGCCGACUCUAGCCUGUGGUCGCGCUUCUUGGACUGGCUGGAUCACGGCGUAGUCGGGUCUGCCGCCCAAAGUCGCAAGGAGAUGAAGGCCGCAUUUCGAUACAGCUCCGAGCAGUAUCGAUGGGCCAUUCGAGAAACUGCAUCUCUACUUUCUCGGGGCACUACCAAGUCGGUGGCCGAUCUUGAAGCUGUCCAUCGAUAUCGUCAAGAAGUGCACGAUUUGUCGGUGCUUCGCUACGUCCGACUGAGCCAUCCGCUCGGCAAGCACGACAAUGCAGUUUCGUGGUUGCUUCAGUCUUGCUUCGCCUCGCACCAAGCCUGGCUCGACGUGAUCUCGGAGCUUCAAGCCGAUGAAGAAGCAGACGAGGAUGAGGCGCGGAAGGACGCACAGCUCGUGGAAAAGGUCUUCAACAAGCUGUUGCAGAUCAAGACCAGCAAUGUCCAAGUAUGGAUCAGCUAUCUGCGACAUUUGGCAGAAAGGGACACGUCAAAGGCGCUCACGACGCUCGAGACCUGCAAAAAUACAUUGGAAAAGAGCGAGUACAAGCUGGUCGAGAAAGAGUGGCAGAGGAUCUGUGAGGAGCUGCAAGGCCAAACCAAUGCCGCGACGGAGAACGGCGCUAAAGACGAAUCAAGCGAGGAUGACGACGAAAGUUAG